CGGCAACCGCCCAAACUAGUCACCAAGUGCAAGACAACCUGCCUCUACGACUGUUGUGGGGUUUCAAAGGCAGAAAAGAAAUGGUGCACAUUCCCGAUGAUUCAGACUUUAACUCCUUCAGGGAGCAGUGUGAGAAUGAUGAAGGCUGGCUACCCCAGUACAGCAAAGGAGGGGUGACUGUGUGGAGCAGGGAACAAGAGGAGUCUAAAACAGUGAAGAAAUUAAAGAUACGAAUCACCUGUAGAGAUGUUUGUGCUGAAACUCUAUAUGAUGUCCUUCAUGAUACAAAUUAUCGGAAGAAAUGGGACAGUAACAUGAUUGAAACCUUUGACAUUGGGAGACUGACUGUCAAUGCAGACAUUGGAUAUUAUUCAUGGAAGUGUCCGAGCCCACUGAAAAACAGAGAUUUUGUGACUCUACGGUCCUGGCUACCUCUUGGCAAUGACUAUAUAAUAAUUAAUUAUUCUGUCAACCACCCGAAGUACCCACCGAAGAAGGACUUUGUGAGAGCAGUGUCGCUGCAAACAGGCUACCUGAUCAAGUCUCUUGGAGCCAACAGCUGCAUUCUUUAUUAUCUAACCCAGGUCGAUCCACGAGGAUCAUUACCAAAGUGGGUUGUAAAUAAGGUCUCCCAGUUUGUGGCCCCCAAGGCUAUGAAGAAAAUUUACAAAGCCUGCCUAAAAUACCCAGACUGGAAACGAAAACACAAUCCCAACUACAAGCCGUGGGUGUUUCCUGAGCAGAACACCCUUCCCAACAUUAACCUUUCUGAGCUCUCAGUGCAGCAUGCUGACUCACUGGAGAAUAUUGAUGAGAGUGGAGUAUCUGAAGAGAAAAUGCACAUCAGUGAUGAAGAAGACAACUAUUCCAAGGAGUCCUAGGCUGGCAUCCUUAGACCUUGCACUUUUCUUCCCCUGUCACACUUCAAAUAUAGGCUACACACCAUUUUUAUUUAGUGGGCAGCUUACAGGUGCACAUGGUUCUGUGUCAUAUGUGUUUGUCAUAACAAAGGUUUUUAGCAAAAAUAUUAGAAAAUGAUUUUUAGAAUGUGUCACCAUUUUUCCUAGUUCAUUAUGAAAGGGGACCGUUCCUAAUUACAUGACUGGCAAAACCCAUAUGUAUGCUACUCAGCUGCUGUACAACUUACAUAUCGAAUGCUUCAAGAUUUAACAAAUUAUUUUAAAAAAUAGCAACAAAGUAAAGAAUGCUUUGUUUUUUGGACUAAAUUAAAUAUAUCAAUAGCGUUAACCGUACAAACUAAUUAGUUAUUUCUUUGGGCAGUGGUUCUUUUCAAAGCUGAAAUGUUAUACCUAUAAUCUUUAGUCACCAAAAUUACCCUUGUCAUUAACUACAGAUGGCGCCUUAGUAUUAAUCUCUUCCAUUCCAUGCAUUAUACUAUAGUGCUUACAGAAGCAGUCAGUCACUAGAUAGCCGCAGAUUCAAACUCCACUGUAGUUAUAUGCUUACUAUGUGAAAAGUGAUUUCACAGAAACCAGGUUGGGAGUGUUUUGCUGUCUUCAGAACCUGAAGCAAAAACAAUACAUGAAGGUAAAUAAAGCAUUAUGGAAUCAUGUGCUCAUUUAUGACACCUUACCAUCGCACAUCUUAUAUCUCAUUGUAUAGCUACUCUUAAUCAAACAUACCAAAGGAAGUUAUCUGCCAAAAUGGAUGCUAGAAACUGAAUUUGCUCACUGUACUUUCACAUAGCUAGACCAGUGCACUUUGGAAAAAUAAAUUAUGUUACAACGUUGGCAAACAUAAAAAGUCAAAGAACCUAAUUCUAUAAAAAUUCUGAUCAUGUCUCUACAUUUAAAUACUGUAACAUUUAGUCAACAGCAUUGUGUGCAUCAUAAAACAUAAUUUUUCCCACUGCUUUUGUUGAGCUGCUGUGCCCCCACUUCCCAUGCUACCUGAAUAUUGCAACACAAAGGUCAGAACUUUGGAGGUAAAUUAAAUGGUUGGUCUGCCAGCAAAAUAAAAUAUUUCCCUGACUCCGAGAUUGAUACGUCCUGUAGAUGCUUGUUUUAGCAGGUAUGACAGUUUUCUAAUUUUCAUUUAGCACUGUUUAUUAUAAUUGAUUCUGAUUAAGAUGAAAAAGAGUAACUGGCACUUCUUCCAUUUUUGCACCACACCCUUUUAAAUGAGUCAUUAAAAAACAAGUUAUUGGAGUUAUCAGCAAUCUCUCUGUUGUCUUAUAUGGGAAGAUGUCUAAGGUACUAGAGUUAGAAAGAAGACUGAAAGCUUUUUUAAGACCAUAAGAAUUCAGUGCAUUCAUUUCAGCGAAUUAGGUUUCAAAACCCUGUACUUCAGUAAAAAUCAAGUAUUCUUAUAAUGUAAUAUCUGUUUCAAAUGUAUUAUCUACUCCUGAUGUCACUUACUCUGUUCUGAGAAGUGAUUAUUUCAUCAUGUUUUUGUUGCUUUGUCCCAGGUCAUAAAGGGGAAUGUUCCAUGUACCAGUUUAUUUAAUUUAUUAUCAAACAUAAAUAAUAAAAAGCAGAGUUUGUUACAACAAACCUAGAUAACAACAGUAGACCUUGAGACAUUAUACCUGUCUGAUACAGUGAACUCUACUGGUGGUGAAUGGUUAUUGGGCACCUAGCAAUGAUCACAUCUGAUAUCAUUGAUCAGCAACACAGUGAGAGAAUAAAAUGAAGUAAAUUAUAAUAUUACAAUAUACCAAUAGCAACAAUUAUUAUUAUAAUGAGUAAUGUGCAUUGUCAUGCCCUGACCACAAUAAGACUACCUGCCACUCAACAAACCUGACAUGGGUAAAUGCUAAGAUGAUGAAAGGAUUAGAAUAUACUUAAUAUGGAAAUUUAAUUUGAAUAUCACGUUGUUAGAUGACUACUGCUGACUUAAAUGGAUCUCACUAUGAAUAUUGGAAACAUGCUGUUAAAGUGUUAGUACCUUAUCAAUACAUUCUGUUAUAUGCAAAAAGUUUACAGAGUUGACUCAGAAGGAAGGAUCCUUUAAUAAUAAUGUUUAGAUCUACUUCAUUGUUCGGGAAUAUAAAAGGAAAGAGGCAAAUUCAAUCUUUAUGUUACAGCAUUCUGUAACAAAAAAUCAUUCUAAUUACCAGGUAAUGAUACCUAGAACCAUUUAUUUUUUUCUUGCUCUUUUUUACAGGUAAUAUACAUAUUACUUGUACUAUUACAUUCAGAUGCUUGUUUUACUGAAGGGUGAAAACUGUGAUUUUUUUUUUUUUUUUUUUUUGUGAUCACAUUUGAUACUGUGCUGUAUGUAUAGUUAAUUAAUAGCAGCUCUCAUUUCACUAAAUAACUGAUAUUGGUUAAUAUGACUCUGAUGUUUCCUCCACAAAAAAAUGAAAAUGCUUUUGAUGCUUAUAUAUCUUGCCUGUCCUUCACUGUGCAACCAAGGAUAUGUUCAAGGGUAGAAGACAUACUAUUUCGGUUAAAUUGUAUAAUAAUCCGUGGUUGUACUUUGCAGACUGUUGGAAGAGUCAUGGAUGACUUAAUACAAGUGGACUAAAAGCUGUGCAUCAUAUACGGUUAAUAUCAGUAACAUAGCACACAUUUCCAUAAACCUUAACAAUGCAGAACCUUCCAUUAGCCUCCUCACUAAUGUAGUUAUAUUUUAUGGAAUUUAAAAUAUCAAUACAGCUUGCUGUUUUUUUUUCUAAUCUUGAAACCAAAGAAAAAAAAAUCAUAUUCUCUAGCUUGUAGUUCUUGUUUUCCUUAUUAAAGUUUACAUUUCACAUUAACCAUAUCUAUGAAAAGUUUACUUAUUUAUGGAAUUAAAUUAUUUAAAUUGGUAGUCUAAAUUAUUAGCAUUGUUAUGUUUUGACUGCAUUAGGGCAGUCUGAAUGACUGAAAUGAGGAGACUAAGUUUAGGUUUCACAAGGCCCACUUGAAUGAAACUUGUGUUUGCUAGCAAGCAAGCGAGUGUUAAAGAAGCAAAUGGUGCUGAAACUGUAAAUUUACAAGCAAGUGGUUUACAUUGCAUGGUCAGUUGUAUAUGUACAGCCUCACCCCCCACCCCCCAAAUAAGCACACACACACACACACACACACACACACAC